AUGUCCAGAGAUGUGCAAAGUGCGCCGCGGAAGGUCAUCGCCACAGUAACUGUGCGCAAACGGUUCCCAAGUGCGUUCCAUGCUGUGGCCCGCAUGAAUCGUAUAGCAAGAACUGCCGGAUGCUCUACCCGUCACGCAAUGAAUAAAACACUCCGAGUAAUGCAACUGAAUGUGAGGAAACAGGGAGCAGUGCAUGAAAGCCUCAUGAACGACAAAGAUACUCAAAACGCAGUGGCACUAGCGAUCCAGGAACCCCAGGCGAGGAGGAUUCAAGGCCGGCUCUUGACCACCCCGAUGGGGCAUCACAAAUGGACAAAGAUGGUUCCCUCCACAUGGAGGGAAGGGAGAUGGGCGAUCCGGAGCAUGCUGUGGGUCAACAGGGACGUGGAAGCGGAGCAAGUGCGGAUCGAGUCGCCGGACCUAACAGCGGCCGUUAUUCGGCUUCCUGAGCGACGGAUUUUUAUAGCAUCAGUUUAUGUAGAGGGAGGGGAUGCCUCUGCGUUGAACGACAUAUGCCAUCACCUCCGCAAAGCAAUCACAAAGGUACGGCGAGAUAUGGGGACGGUGGUGGAGAUCAUGAUCGUGGGAGACUUCAACCGCCAUGAUCAACUAUGGGGAGGAGACGAUGUGUCCACGGCCAGGCAAGGCGAAGCGGAUCCGAUCAUCGACUUCAUGAAUGAGUUUGGACUCAGCAGCCUGCUUAAACGAGGUACCAAGACAUGGCACGGCGGAGGAUAUUCGGGGGACUGCGAGUCCACAAUCGACCUCGUUCUCGCCUCGGAAGACUUGACAGACUCGGUGGUGAAAUACGCGGCAUAUGGAACGGAGCACGGCUCGGACCACCGUACCAUCGAGACCGUCUUUGAUGCUCCUUGGACAGCACUAAAGCAGACAGAGCGACUGCUUCUGAAGAAUGCACCGUGGAAGGAGAUCAAUGCCAGAAUUACAAGGACUCUGGCCACCACUCCGGUGGAAGGCUCGGUACAGCAGAAGACCGAUCGACUCAUGUCCGCGGUGUCGGAAGCGUGGACGGCGGACCUGACACAACUCCGUCAGAUCUACACGUAUUGGAGAAACCAUGCCCGGUCGGAGCGACGGGCCGGACGAAAGGUGCCACACUUGGAGGACAUGGCGGCAAGUGCGGCGAAGGAGUAUCACGAUGCGAUUCGGAAACAGAAGAAGAAACACUGGAACGAGUUCCUGGCCGAUAACGAUAACAUCUGGAAAGCUGCUAAAUACCUGAAGUCAGGAGAAGAUGCAGCCUUCGGGAAGGUACCGCAGCUCUUCAGAGCAGAUGGAAUAGUUACCACCAAUCAUGAGGAAUAA